CGCAGGCGCAGCGCGUCCCGGCCGUCGCCCCCAGGCUAGCGGCUGAGGGCGGGGCGCGGGCUGGUCCGGACUCCGCGGCUCCAUGGGGCUCCUGGGGCUGCUGAGCCUGCUGCACUCUGCCUUCUUCGGGGACCAGGCACUGCAGGAGCUGAAGAUGAUGAGUUCCGUGGCGCCCUACAAGCAGCUGGUGCGGCAGGUGGAGGCCUUGAAGGCCGAGAACAGUCACCUGAGGCGGGAGCUGCGGGACAACUCGAGCCACCUGUCCAAACUGGAGACAGAGACAUCUGGCAUGAAGGAAGUCCUCAAGCGCCUACAGAGCAAGCUGGAGCAGGAGGCCCGAGUGCUGGGGUCCUUGGGGCAGACCGAGGUGCUGGAGCAGCUGAAAGCCCUGCAGAUGGACAUCGCCAGCCUGUAUAACCUCAAGUUCCAGCCGCCCGCCCUGGAACCUGAGCCCGCUGCCCGGACCCCUGAGGAGAGCCCAGUACACAGUUCCGGGCCCUCCAAGGAUAGCUUUGGGGAGCUGAGCCGGGCCACCAUCCGGCUGCUGGAGGAGCUGGACCGGGAACGGUGCUUCCUGUUGAACGAGAUCGAGAAGGAGGAGAAGGAGAAGCUCUGGUACUACUCGCAGCUCCAGGGCCUGUCCAAGCGCCUGGACGAGCUUCCCCACGUGGAGACGCAGUUCUCGAUGCAGAUGGACCUGAUCCGGCAGCAGCUGGAGUUCGAGGCCCAGCACAUCCGCUCGCUGAUGGAGGAGCGCUUCGGCACGUCGGACGAGAUGGUGCAGCGCGCGCAGAUCCGCGCCUCGCGCCUGGAGCAGAUCGACAAGGAGCUGCUGUCAGCGCAGGACCGGGUGCAGCAGACGGAACCACAGGCCCUGCUGGCGGUGAAGUCGGUGCCGGUGGAGGAAGACCCCGAGACUGAAGUCCCCACGCACCCUGAGGAUGGCGCCCCACAGCCAGGCAACAGCAAGGUGGAGGUGGUCUUCUGGUUGCUGUCCAUGCUGGCGACGCGCGACCAGGAGGACACCGCGCGCACGCUGCUCGCCAUGUCCAGCUCGCCGGAGAGCUGCGUGGCCAUGCGCCGCUCGGGAUGUCUGCCGCUGCUCUUGCAGAUCCUGCACGGCGUGGAGGCGGGCGCUGGGGGUCGCGGCGGGACUCCCGGGGCGCCUGGGGCCAAGGACGCGCGCAUGCGCGCCAACGCGGCGCUGCACAACAUCGUCUUCUCACAGCCGGACCAGGGCCUGGCGCGCAAGGAGAUGCGGGUCCUGCAUGUGCUGGAGCAGAUCCGCGCCUACUGCGAGACCUGCUGGGACUGGCUGCAGGCGCAGGACGGCGGGCCAGAGGGAGGCGGCGCCCCGGUCCCCAUCGAGCCACAGAUCUGCCAGGCCACCUGUGCUGUGAUGAAGCUGUCCUUUGAUGAGGAAUACCGCCGCGCCAUGAACGAGCUGGGCGGGCUGCAGGCCGUGGCAGAGCUGCUGCAGGUUGACUAUGAGAUGCACAAGAUGACCCAGGACCCACUCAACCUUGCCCUGCGCCGAUACGCUGGCAUGACCCUCACCAACCUCACCUUCGGGGAUGUCGCCAACAAGGCCACACUGUGUGCCCACCGGGGCUGCAUGGAGGCCAUUGUGGCCCAGCUGGCUUCCGAGAGCGAGGAGCUCCACCAGGUGGUGUCCAGCAUUUUACGUAACCUGUCCUGGAGGGCCGACAUCCACAGCAAGAAGGUGCUCAGGGAGGUGGGCAGCAUGGCCGCCCUGAUGCAGUGUGUCCUGCGGGCCUCCAAGGAGUCCACGCUGAAGAGCGUGCUCAGCGCCCUGUGGAACCUCUCGGCACACAGCACAGAGAACAAGGCGGCCAUCUGCCAGGUGGAUGGCGCGCUGGGCUUCCUGGUGAGCACGCUGACCUACAAGUGUCAGAGCAACUCGCUGGCCAUCAUUGAGAGUGGGGGCGGCAUCCUGCGUAAUGUGUCCAGCCUCAUCGCCACCCGCGAGGACUACAGGCAGGUGCUGCGCGACCAUAACUGCUUGCAGACGCUGCUGCAGCACCUGACGUCCCACAGCCUGACCAUUGUGAGCAACGCCUGCGGCACUCUCUGGAACCUGUCUGCCCGCAGCACGCGAGACCAGGAGCUGCUCUGGGACCUGGGCGCAGUGGGCAUGCUCCGCAACCUGGUGCACUCCCGCCACAAGAUGAUUGCCAUGGGCAGUGCCGCUGCCCUGCGCAACCUGCUGGCCCACCGGCCCACCAAGUACCAGGCAGCAGCCACCGCCGUCUCCCCCGGCGCCUGCGCACCCAGCCUGUAUGUGCGGAAGCAGCGCGCACUGGAGGCCGAGCUGGACACGCGGCACCUGGUCCAGGCGCUCGACCGCCUGGGGAAGCAGGGUCCUCCUGAGGCUGAGGCCGAGUCCGAGUCCGAGGCUGCCUCCAAGAAGCCGCUGCCCCCACUGCGGCUCCUGGACGGGCUGGCCCAGGACUAUGCCUCGGACUCAGGCUGCUUUGAUGAUGACGAUGCACCCUCCCUGGCCGCUGCGGCUUCCGCCGCUGAGCCUGCCAGCCCAGCUGUGCUGUCCCUCUUCCUGGGCAGCUCCUUCCUGCAGGGGCAGGCACUGGGCCGCACCCCACCCACCUGCCUCGGUGGCCCAGAGGUGGAGAAGGAGCCCGGUGGAGAGGCAGCUGUGGCGGCCAGGGCCAAGGCCAAGCUAGCGCUGGCAGUGGCACGAAUAGACAGGCUGGUGGAGGACAUCUCGGCCCUGCACACAUCAUCCGAUGACAGCUUCAGCCUCAGCUCAGGGGACCCAGGGCAGGAGGUGCCACGGGAGGGCCGUGCUCAGUCCUGCUCGCCCUGCCGGGGGCCCGAGGGUGGGCGGCGGGAGGCGGGCAACUGUGCCCACCCGCUGCUGCGGCUCAAGGCAGCCCACGCCAGCCUCUCCAAUGACAGUCUCAACAGCGGCAGUGCCAGUGACGGGCGCUGCUCCCAGGACCCCACACGGCCCCGCCCACUGGCUGUGCUUGCAGAGCACCACGAAGGGCCUCUGAGAGGGCAGGCGCGGCCCCACCUGCUUGACCUCAACCUGCCAAGUGUCCAGGUUGAUCUGGCGGCCAGAGACGCGGUGGCCGACGCCCACGUGCGCACCAUCAAGCUGUCACCCAGCUACCAACAUGUGCCACUGCUUGAGGGCAGUGCCAGGGCGGGUGCAGGGCUACUGGGCCCUGGGACACGGAAGCAGGCCUGGCUGCCUGCAGAGGGCCUGAGCAAGGUUCCCGAGAAGCUGGUGGUGGGGGCGCCACCUCUCUGCAUGUCCCACUGCAGCUCCCUGUCCUCCCUGUCCUCGGCUGGCCGCCCGGGCCCCAGUGAGGCUGGGGACCUGGAUGACAGUGACACUUCCCUGGAGGGGCUGGAGGAGGCAGGCCCCAGUGAGGCAGAGCUGGAUGGGGCCUGGCGCAGGCCUGGGGCCGCUUCCCUGCCUGUGGCCAUCCCGGCGCCCCGGCGAGGCCGGGGCCUGGGGGUGGAGGAUGCCACGCCGUCCAGCUCAUCAGAGAACUGUGUGCAGGAAACCCCGCUGGUGCUGAGCCGCUGCAGCUCGGUGAGCUCCCUGGGCAGCUUCGAGAGCCCCUCCAUUGCCAGCUCCAUCCCCAGCGAGCCCUGCAGUGGGCUAGGCAGCGGCACAGUGAGCCCCAGCGAGCUGCCCGACAGCCCUGGGCAGACCAUGCCACCGAGCCGCAGCAAGACACCGCCGCUGGUCCCCGCGCCAUCCUGCGAGCGUGACACCACACAGUUCAGUCUGCAGUGGGAGAGCUACGUGAAGCGCUUCCUGGACAUCGCCGACUGCCGGGAGCGCUGCCGGUUGCCAUCAGAGCCGGACGCGGGCAGCGUGCGCUUCACAGUGGAGAAGCCCGACGAGAACUUCUCGUGUGCCUCGAGCCUUAGCGCGCUGGCGCUGCACGAGCACUACGUGCAGAAGGACGUGGAGCUGCGGCUGCUGCCCCCCACCUGCCUGGAGCGCAGCCAAGGCCCCAGCCAGCACGUGGCCGGGCACCUCCGGUGGGACGAGGCUGGGAGUCGCCCUGAGGGGCUGCCGGCCGCUAAUCAGGAGUUGGGGCUGCUGCGUGAGUGCCUGGGCGUGGCCAUGCCCACCCGGCUCCGCAAGGUGGCCUCAGCGCUGGCGCCCGGCCGUGGCACGCUGCCUGUGUACAUGCUGGUGCCUGCGGCCCGGGAGGGUGAUCCCAGCGCUGACUCGGCUGAGGGCACGCCGGUUGACUUCUCCAGCACCACCUCGCUCAGUGACGAGACACUGCAGGGACGGCCCCAGGACCUGCCCGGAGGGCGUGCAGACAGGCACAAGCCCACAGGCCACGCCGCCCCUGCCAGGCAGGCCACUGGACACGGGCAGAGGGCAGGAGGCACAGGCCGGAGCACAGGGCAGGCCUGGGGGGCAGGCAGGGGCCGGGCAGCGCUGGAACUACCUCUCCGCCAGUCCCCCAGCACCUGCGUGGACAGGGACAGCGCCCGCAUGGGCCGAGCACGAGGGGACGGGGCGCUGCAGUCACUGUGCCUCACGACGCCCACAGAGGAGGCCGUGUACUGCUUCUAUGACAACGAUUCUGAAGAAGAGCCCCCGGAGGCGGUGGCGGCAGCCCCCAGGCGGGCGUCCGGGAUCCCCCGUGCGGUGAAGAGGGAGCGCCCAGCCGCGGCCAGCAGGAAGGAGGUGCAGUCCGCACCCAAGGCCGUGCCGCCCACCCGGGCCCAGCCCAGCCUGAUCGCCGACGAGACACCACCGUGCUUUUCCCUCAGCUCCUCCGCCAGCUCCCUCAGCGAGCCCGAGCCCCCCAAGUCUGCGGCAGGCCGGCCCCAAGCCCGCGAGCCAGCGGUCCCCAGGGACCUGGGCAGCGGGCGUGACAGCUCCCAAGGCCCGCGGGCCGAGGCCGAGCUGCUGCGGCACCGCAUCACAGCUGCGCCCAGGCGCCGGCCCCAGGCAUCAGCCCCACGGCACCGCAAGCCCCCAGCUGCCCAGCCAGACAAAAGGCCCGCGGAGGGGCCCCAGGAGCACAGCAGCGAGGCCGCAGGCUCAGACCGCGCCUCGGACCUGGACAGUGUGGAGUGGCGUGCCAUCCAGGAGGGCGCCAACUCCAUCGUCGCGUGGCUGCACCAGGCAGCGGCAGCCACAAGCAAGGCCUCGUCUGAGUCGGAUUCCAUCCCAUCCAUGUCGGGGCCCUCUGCGGGCUCCCCCCAGCAGCCUGCCCCGCUCAGGAAGGGGAGACGGCCAAGGCCAGAGGGCCGGGCAGGGAGCGCCGUGCGGCUGGAGAGACGGGGCCCUGCCCUGGCCCAGCGUGGCGGCAGCAGCCGGCCGCGCUCUCCCGGUGGCUCUGAGAAGCCGCGUGGCGCUCCGAAGACCAAGUCUGGAAUGCCAGCUGUGCUCCGGGGGCGGACAGUGAUCUACAUGCCAAGCCCAGCGACCCGGGCUCAGCCCAGAGGCACCCCCAGUCCCCGUGCAGCCCCGAGGAGGAUGGGACCCCUGAGCCCCCCACAGCCAGCAGCCCCCUCCAAAGUGCUGGGCCCCGGACAGCAGCGGUCCCGAAGCCUACACCGGCUGGGCAAGACCUCGGAGCUGACAGCGCCCAUCCCGCCCCAGAGGAGUGCCACGCCACCCGCCCGCCUCACCAAGACUCCCUCGUCCAGCUCCUCCCAGACCUCCCCAGCCUCUCAGUCCCUGCCCGGGAGGUCACCCCCUGCCACCCAGGCUUCAGGGCCCCUGCCUGGCCCUGGGGCUUCUCAGGUGCCCAGGGUCCCUGCGCGGGCCCUGCUGGCCAAGCAGCACAAGACGCAGAAGUCGCCAGUUCGGAUCCCAUUUAUGCAGAGGCCCGCCCAGCGGGGGCCACCAGCCCUGGCCAGGGCAGUCCCAGAGCCAGGCCCCAGGGGCCGGGCAGGGGCUGAGGGGUGUCCAGGUGUCCGGGGAGGCCGCCUGGGCCUGGUGCGCAUGGCCUCUGCCCGCUCCAGUGGUAGCGAGUCCUCUGACCGCUCAGGUUUCCGGCGGCAGCUGACCUUUAUCAAGGAGUCCCACGGCCUGCUGCGCCGGCGCUCAGAGCUGUCAGCUGUGGAGGCCACGAGCUCCGCCUCCCAGGGUGGGUCGCCCCGCCGAGGCCGGCCCGUGCUGCCUGCCGUCUUCCUCUGCUCCUCGCGCUGUGAUGAGCUGCGGGCAGACCCCCAGAAGGCCCCGGCCCCCCAGCGGUCUCCCGUGUCCAGACCCAGUCCCAGCGAGCGGCUGCCCCGGCGCACCAGCUCUGAGAGCCCGUCCCGCCUGCCCGUCCGCACGCCAGCUGGUCAGCCUGAGACGGUCAAGCGUUACGCCUCCCUGCCUCACAUCAGCGUGGCCCGCAGGUCCGACAGUGCCACCCCCAGACCCACAGCUGACAGCACCCGCCGAGGCAGCGAUGGGGAGGCCCGCCCACUGCCCAGGGUAGCCACACUGGGCACCACGUGGCGCCGCAUCCGGGAUGAGGAUGUUCCCCACAUUCUGCGGAGCACGCUGCCCCCCACUGCCCUGCCACUGAUGAGUGCUUCGCCAGAGGGGGUCACCGGAAACUCCCCUCAGCGCAAGACCAGUGAUGCUGUAGUCCAGACGGAGGACUUCAUGGCCACCAAGACCAAUUCCAGCACAUCCCCCAGCCUAGAGAGCAGGGAGCCCCCCCAGGCUCCAGUCGGUGGCCUCACACCCCUCCUCGGCAGCGCUGUGGACGGGCCUGGGCCCGCCAAGGCACCCUCGUCUGCCCACGAGAGCCCAGGGGUGGCUGCUGGGGGCUUCCCCACAAGCCGGCAUGGCUCCCCCAGCCGCUCAGCCCGCGUCCCCCCCUUCAACUAUGUGCCCAGCCCCAUGGUGGCAGCAGCCACUGCCUCGGCCGUGGAGAAGGCCACUACUCCAACCCCUGUCAGCCUCCUGGAAUAGUGGCCCAGCCUCCUCCUGCAUUCUCUCCCCACUGGCCAGUCCGGCUGCCCCGAGGGUGGUACCAGGGCCACCGGCCCACCGGAACCCCAGCCCUUGGAGCCCCCACCCAGCCUGCAUCGGCCUUACAUCUCAUGCGUAGACGCUUGCUUCUGUGCUGUGGGGAGCCCGGAAGGAAAUGGGGCUGCAGGCUGGACCUCAAGUCUGGCCAGGGAGCGUACGCAAGGGUGCCGGGUCCCAGCAUGGCCCAUACGCAGAGACCACCCUCCUGGCUCUGCCACCCCAGCUGUGCCCAACAGGGCUGGGGCCUCAGCACAACCUUCCCACGUCAGGAGCCGCAGGGAGGUGACAGCACCGGCCUGGGCUGGGGGACAGGACUGGCAGGGUGGCGCCCUGGAGGGCCUGCCCCUGGGGGCCCAGGCAUCUGCAGGGCUGGGACCAAGCCUAUAACCACAGCGGCUGAGUAACUUGUUGACACGGCUUGCUUGCUGGGUCUGCCUUCUCAGACUCUCGACCCAGCUAGGGGAGCGCGGGAGAGGGUGUGGCACAGCCCGGCAGGAAGACAGCCCUGACCCCAGACAGCAACAUUUCAGGAGCCUGGGGCACCCGCGGCUGGUGGAGGGGACGCUUUCAGAAUAGGCUGGAGUAAACAGACGCAGUGCGGAUGACCAGCAUCUGAUGGAGACACCAAGGAUGCAGUGGGUGGGCUGACGCAGGCCUGUGUCCAUGUCCCCACUGCUGGCUGUGGGAGGUGCUGGCCGCCAGCUGGGGUUGGGGCCCCAUGGAGGUGGCUGUGGUGGGCGAGGAGCGGCAGGAAGGAGGCUGAGGAUGGCAGGGAAGUGCCCCUCUGGGAACUCCAGGGACUGGAACACGGCUGAGGUGUGGUGACGCCCCUGGCAUGCUGCCCUGCUAAGGGUUGCUCCCUCUCAAUGUCACCUCCUUUGGGUGACAACAUACUGGGGCCAUGGGCUCAGCUGGCAGGGCCUCCUCCCCUUCAGGACAGCACAGCUGGUACGGGGGUAGAGCUGCUACCUGGCCUUUGGAAGGAAGUGCAGGCUGCACCCUGGGACCGCAGCUGCGGGGCUGAGGCCAGGCCGGCGCCAAGAUGCUAGCCACCAGGUGCUAGAGUGCACACCAGGCUGCUGGGGACUGCGGGUGGGUGCUCAGGCCCUGCCCCAGACAUGCCCUCCUGCAGGAGGACCCAGUCCCCUCUCCUGGGGACCGUUGCCCUGGAAAGUAGCUUCUUGGAUCUACUGUCCCAGCUGUGCACAGAGCCGGUCCGAGGGCAGGGGAGCAAUGCCUCUGAGGAGACCUGUAGCACUCUGAGCCGAGGGCCCUUCCCUGCGCGGGGGGUGGGGGAUGCACGGCCAAGGCCCAGCCACAGCAUUCUGACUCGAGCCCCCACCACACUGCUGCCUUCGACGACCUGUCCUGCUGCGUCACGCACCCCCAGAUGCCUCGCCUGAGGGCCCACAGCGGGAGGAGCGGUGGCAGUGAGAGCUGAGCAGGACCAGGCGAACGGCUACCCGCAGCUGACCCCGCAGACAGCCAGGCGGCUCUCGGACGAACCUCGGAAACCGUGGGCCCCUGUCCAAUUCGGGCUGCCAGAUGUCGUCCAGUCGCACUGGCCACAGGCCAGCCUUCCCCAGAAAUGGCCUGUGGGAGGGGACAGGCCCGGCAGUGCAGGCUCCCGCACACCGUGAGAACCCGGGCAGUGCCAUGCCUCUGCCUCAGUUUCCCCAUGUGGGCCGUGGGGAGAACUCCCAGAGCAGCCUCUCAGGAGAGAGGCCUGGUACUGCCAGAGAGCCGGAUGGCCCCGCCCCGGCCAGCAUGCCAGGAGGCUGUGCGCAUCCACAUCCGGUGGCCACUGGUGCCUCCUCCAUCCCUGUGCAGGGGGCACAGCUGCACCUCAUGAUCUAGCCCAGGUGGGCGGCUAUCCGCCCUGGGUGGGCCUGCUUCCUGGAGGCGGCGGCAACCAGUGGACAAUCAGUCUGAGACAGGAGCCAGCCCAGGGGACACACAGCAACCCCCUCUGCCUCCAGACCCAGCUCGAGGGCCCAUGACCUUGGUCUGGGCAGAUGGGCAUGGCCGGCAGCUGGGUGAGGAAUUCAGGGACAGGCUGGCCAGCACAGCAUUACCUCAGCCCGUGACCCCGCCUGUUAGCUGGCCGCCAGCCCACCCCACAUCCCAUGCCUGGUCGUCUCGGCCCACCCCACUCCACCCCGUGUCGCCAGCCUGGGUCUCGGCCACACUGCAGGGCACAUGUAAAUAUUUGGUCCUGCCCGCCCCCUGAAUGCACUGUCGUCUGGCAAAAGGAAACCGCGGAGCCGGGUGUCUCACGCACACCUUUAAUAAACAGCUGUUGAAUCAC